CGCUCUCCGCGUCCUCGCAUGCCCUAUCAAUCCAACGUUUGACUGUUAGCCCUGCUUUCAAUCUUCCCUCGUGUCUUCACUGUUCGGCUCCUCCUACACUCUCUGCUCAUCACUCUACACGACGAAGACGUCUCAAACAACCCCGAGCAGCACUAAGUCAUGCCGGCUCGAGAAGCACCGGUGCCGGUGAUAGGCCAAUUCAGCAGUGAUCCUCUUGACGCCUUACUACGACCACCCAUUGACGAGACCGACGAAGAAAAGGCAUACAGAUUAGCUCAGGAGAGCGAGGCAAAACGUAUCAGCCAGGCCAUAGACGACGGCAUAAGGCAAGAGAGGCUGCAGCGGAAGAAGGCGAAGGUGGUCAGGCUAUUGCUGCUCGGUCAGAGUGAAUCAGGCAAAUCUACAACAUUGAGACAGUUCCAACGAAUAUACACCCCAUCUGCAUUCCGGGAAGAACGAAUUUUAUGGCGAUCGGUCAUCCAACUCAAUCUCGUCCGUUCAAUACGCAUCAUCCUAGAUGCUAUUCAGGAUGUCAGGCGGCACGAGUUACAACCUACAUCCGAUGACGAGUACGAUGAUGAUUAUCCGGACCAAAGGGUAUGUCUACCUCCACACCUAGAAGCCCUCUGCAUGCAACUUCUACCGCUGCGACACGUCGAAUCACUCCUGAUAGCAAAACUCGUACCUCCGAACGAAGAUGAGGCGACACAUUUGGGCCUUCACCAUGACGGUUCGCAUUCACAUCGACAGCACGAAAUAUUUGUGAGACCGGGAAUGUCUUGGAAGGGGACCAUGCGGCGGUAUGGCCGGCCGAAUAGCAUAGGAACGGUGGGGCAGGAGACUCAAGAUGAGAGCCAGGCAGUUAUUCAUGAAUGCGCGAUGGAGAUGAUGGCGUUAUGGGAAGAUCGAACAGUGAAAGAGAUCUUGAAGAAGCGGAAAAUACGGCUUGAAGAGUCGCCAGGAUUCUAUCUAAAUGACCUAGAGCGCAUCACGUCACCACAUUACUUGCCCUCAGAGGAUGAUGUCCUAAAAGCACGGUUGAAGACAGUUGGUGUAUCAGAAUACAGGUUUCAAAUGGAAUCCGGAACCGAGUCAGGCACUGAAUGGCGCAUCAUCGACGUUGGUGGUUCUCGGUCUCAGCGUCAGACGUGGAUACCAUUCUUUGACGAUGUGGAUGCAAUCAUCUUCCUCGCGCCUAUAUCAGGGUUUGACCAAACACUAGUGGAAGAUCGCAGUGUGAACCGGCUGGAGGACUCUGUACUACUAUGGAAAGCGAUUUGCUCCAACAAACUGCUAGCAAAAGUCGACCUUGUGCUCUUUCUAAACAAGUGCGACAUCCUGGCUUCGAAAUUGAAGUCAGGUAUCCGGUUGGCGAAGUACGUGCGUAGCUUCGGUGAACGGCCUAACGAUGCGGAAACGGCGGAGAAGUACUUCAGGAGUAAAUUCAAUGCCAUCCAUCGGGAACAUUCACCGAUUCCCCGCAAGUUCUACGGGUUCUGCACUUCCGUAACAGACACGACCACGACGAUGGGCAUCCUUGCCAGCGUGCGCGACAUGGUCGUACGAGAACAUCUACGAGCCUCUCGACUGCUAUAACGUAUCUCCACCCUCCCGGCCCCUCGACGUCUCAACACGCUUAUCUCGAAGUCCAUGCAUGCUCCUCAUCUUGUCUUCUGUAUCAUCAUCUACAAUCACCCUCCGCAUCUACUGGACACUCCACAUAUACACACACUCUCUCUCUGUCGUAUUUAUAUCCUCGUCGCUGCGAUAACCUCUUCAAGCUGCACAUCUUAUCCCACCCCUGUGACCUUUCCCUCUAAUACGACGCCUCUCUUAUGACAUUCUAUGAAUCUGAUUUUAACACCCUUGUUUUGAUAUCUUUGGUAUAUACGAGCUUGCAUUUCUUAACUCUUCUUGGCUUUUACGCGUUGUAGUUUGAUCUCAUCUUCCUAUUCCUGAGUUUUUUUUUUCGUUCUGCGUAGCGGUGAUUGCUGACGACGGUUCAUUUGUACUAACUUCUACCCUUUUUGUACUUGAUGCUUUUCUCUGUACUCUACAGAUUCCUCUUUAACUUUCAUACCUCUGGAUUGCAAUGAGAUUUUAUGGCUGACUGACAGCUUACCAGAACGGAACAGAACAUACGUGAACUCUGAAGAUCGUAUCCAAAAUGUAUUCUACGUGUCUAGUCGGAAAAAUGAGGUGGAGACAUUCU